CAUUAAGCAUUUUAUAAGUUUUUGUAGUUUUUAAUGUCAAUAUCUAUUUAAAUUCUUUUAUUUUUAAUUAUAAAGUGGAAAAUCGUGAUAUAAUAUUACGAUAAUAAAAUUAUGGAGGAUGAUAUCCAUAUACCAACUGUCAAUCAUGAUCCAUUCACUGUGACUGGAUCUUGUGAAUUAUGUUCCAGAGAAUUAAAUACUGCAGAAUUAUUAUCAAUAGUAAUGAAAUGUGUCAAUUUUGCAGCAAUAAAACACAAGGACCAAAGAAGAAAAGAUGAGAAAGAAACACCAUAUAUAAAUCAUCUAAUUGGAGUAGCAAAUAUUUUGGUUCAAGAAGGUAAAAUUUAUGAUCCUGUUGUAAUUGUAGCAGCUCUUUUACAUGAUAUUGUAGAAGAUACUAAUACUACAUUUGAAGAGAUAGAAAAUGAAUUUGGCACUGAGGUUUGUAAUAUUAUUAAAGAACUAACUGAUGAUAAAAGUUUACAUAAAGCAGAACGCAAAAGAUUACAAAUACAGAAUGCUUGUAACAAAAGUCGUAAAGCUAAAUUGAUUAUCUUAGCAGAUAAAUUAUAUAAUUUAAGAGAUCUUCAAGAAAAUAUACCAGUUGGUUGGUCACAAGAUAGAGUAAAAGAAUAUUUUAAGUGGGCCAAAUCUGUAAUUGAUAAAUGUCGUAAAAUUAAUUUUAAUCUUGAAAGAGAAUUAGAUCUAAUAUUUGCAGAAAGGGUAUCUAAAGAUAGAGAAAUUUGUACAUGUAAAAAAUCAUCUAAACGAUAAUAUUAUUAUUUUAUUAAAAUAAAAUUCAAAAAUAAAAAUAUAUGUACUUAUAAUAU